AUGGUCGGUAAGCAAGAGGAUGGUGGAACGGUAACGACUGGCACCAGCACACCAGCCUGCACCACCGCCAUCUCAUCCACGAAAAACGACCUCAAUACACGAUGCAGUGCUGCUCUGCCGCCGGAAGAACAACAACCAGGACCAUCCACACCUGUCAUUUCAACUAAAGAUGAAGUUAUAGUAGAAACUAGCGACGGAGGUUUGGUUAGUUAG